CAAAACCUGCAAAAGAAGAUGCUGCCUGGCUAGUAAGAUCAUGUGGGAAGGAAACUGAAAGCAAUGUGGAGUCCUGGAAGAGAUGAGGAGGGUAGCUGAGAACACUGCAGGGAUUCUGGGACCACUGAAACAGUUGGAAGAUGGGGAAGAAGAGCAGAGUAAAAACUCAGAAGUCAGGUACAGGAGCCACAGCAACAGUAUCUCCAAAGGAAAUGUUGAAUCUAAUUAGUGAGUUAUUGCAAAAAUGCAGCAGUCCUACUCCAGGUCCUGGUAAGGAAUGGGAAGAAUAUGUACAGAUUCGUUCACUUGUUGAGAAAAUUCGCAAAAAGCAAAAAGGUUUGUCUGUUGUCUUUGAUGGAAAAAGAGAUGACUAUUUCCCUGAAUUGAUAAAGUGGGCAACUGAAAAUGGAGCAUCCACAGAGGGUUUUGAAAUAGCUAACUUUGAAGAGGAGGGGUUUGGUCUGAAAGCAACAAGAGAGAUAAAGGCUGAAGAGUUGUUUCUGUGGGUUCCUAGAAAACUGUUGAUGACUGUUGAGUCAGCUAAAAAUUCAGUAUUAGGAUCACUGUAUUCUCAAGAUCGAAUUCUUCAAGCCAUGGGCAAUAUAACAUUGGCAUUUCAUCUUCUUUGUGAGCGAGCCAACCCCAACUCUUUCUGGCUGCCCUACAUCCAGACACUCCCCAGUGAAUAUGACACUCCUCUCUAUUUUGAAGAAGAUGAAGUGCAGUAUCUUCAGUCAACUCAGGCCAUACACGAUGUUUUUAGCCAAUAUAAAAACACAGCUCGACAGUAUGCCUAUUUCUACAAAGUUAUUCAGGUAGAAGGUACAGAAAAAGGGACUGUGCAGUUAAAUACCAUUGCACCAGAAGGAGUCAUUCCAUGCUGCUUCCGCUACAUGAAUCCCCUAAUAGUCUGGAACAGUGCUUUCUUGUGUAUAUUGGCAGAAACUUUAGGGCAGUUAAAGCCUCAGCAGUUCCACAGAGAGGAGUUUCUCUUCAAGGCUCCUGCUUCAAAGGAUUUCCAGAGCUGGGAAAGGGACAGUAACCAGCAAAUGCUGACAGAUCUUCCUGCUUCUGGCCCUGAAAGUGUGUGUGUGUGUGGAAUAGUAGAUGACUCUGAUGGUCACCUUAUCUCAGCUGAGAGAAAACUAAGUUUGGAAACUCCCAGCCUAAAUGAUUCUUUCACGUUGAACUACAGAUGGGCGGUUUCCUCUGUUAUGACACGGCAGAACCAGAUUCCAACAGAAGAUGGUUCCAGAGUUACAUUGGCUCUAAUACCUUUAUGGGACAUGUGUAAUCAUACUAAUGGACUGAUCACUACAGGCUACAAUUUAGAAGAUGACCGGUGUGAAUGUGUAGCGCUUCAGGAUUUCAAGGCUGGAGAACAGAUUUACAUUUUUUAUGGCACUCGGUCAAACGCUGAAUUUGUGAUCCACAGUGGUUUUUUCUUUGAUAAUAAUUCACAUGACAGAGUGAAAAUAAAGCUUGGCGUGAGUAAAAGUGACAGGCUGUAUGCUAUGAAGGCAGAGGUCUUAGCUCGUGCUGGUAUCCCAACUUCUAGUGUUUUUGCUUUGCAUGCCACUGAGCCUCCAAUCUCUGCCCAGCUUUUGGCUUUCCUUCGAGUGUUUUGUAUGAGUGAAGAAGAGCUGAAGGAACACUUGAUAGGCGAGCAUGCCAUUGACAAAAUCUUCACUCUGGGGAACUCUGAGUUUCCCAUUAGCUGGGACAAUGAAGUUAAACUUUGGACAUUCCUAGAAGCCAGAGCAUCCCUUCUUUUGAAAACCUAUAAAACAACUGUGGAGGAUGAUAAAUCCUUCUUGGAGACCCAUGACCUCACUUCACAUGCGAUAAUGGCUAUCAAAUUGCGCUUAGGUGAAAAAGAGAUCUUGGAGAAAGCAGUGAAGAGUGCAGCUGCUAGCCGAGAGUAUUAUACCAAACAAAUGGCAGAUGGAGCUCCACUUCCUAAAUACGAAGAGAGCAAUAUUGCCUUGUUGGAGAACACUGUGGCAGACUCUAGACUCCCUAUUGUCUUGAGAAACCUAGAAGAUGUGGAAGAGCAAGGGGACUUAAAGAUUGAUGAAGCAAUUGAUGCUGAAGUCACAGAGAAUGGGUUUGUAAAUGGUGAAAACUCUCUAUUUAAUGGGACCAAAUCAGAAAGUGAAAAUCUAAAUAAAGAGAAAAGCAACAGAGAGACUGAAGAUGCCAAAGAAUCUUCUUCAGAAAGUACUGAUGAGGUUAAAGAAUAGUCCUAAAAUUUUUCUUUCUUGUGAAAUUAAAUUAGCUGAAGUUUAUGAACAGUGCAUUUAUGUUGGUGUGUUUCUUUGUUAACGUUUCUCUUUCUGCAGAGAAAAAUGUUUUUGCUGCUUUAUAUAAAAAUGAAUUUUUAAGUUAUUUAAAAGAUUUAGCAUCCCUUUUCAAUUAAGAUUGCCAUCUUGCUUUCAGGCAAAAACUGGGGAAAGAGGUGCCUUUGGAAGAUUUUGCAGCCCUUUGUUGAACCAAAUGUAUUUUCUUCCUGGGGAAGAAUUAAGCUCUUCUAUCUGCUGUGCUUUUGUUGUUCUGUCACUCUGACUACCGAAAUUAAAAGCUUGCUCUGCCUCCUGCCAAGAAAAGCAGAAGGCAGGACUGACUCGGUAUUCAGCAUGAAGGUGGGAGAGCAGUACAGCAGAAAGCUGGAUAAGAGGAUCAGAAACUUGGGAGACUGGAGGAAAACCUGUUUAAAAUCAGGUAUGCCAGUCCAGAAAAAGGUAAGGUGGCAACCUUAUGAUUGGUAGUUUUAAAUGUUGAUGAGAAUCCAAACUGUAUACACUUAAAGUGAUCUCUGAAGAUUUCAGUUGACUUUGUCUUUCGUUUACUGUAUAAAAAUAUCUCAUCUUUCUUCUUCAGUCAGAGUUAGGCUGCUACAAUACAACAUUCACCAACUUUUAAAGGCUAACUUUCUUUUUUUAAUUUCCAGGCAAUACCUUUUAGUUACAAGGUUGGCAGAGCUACUGGAGAGUUUGAAAGCAGAUAGGCCAAGCCACAGCUUUAAACUGUACUGUUCAAAGUGAGGUUGCUUCCCAGCUUCUUCAGGUUUUCACAACUAGGUAGAGAUUUUUCAAAGCUACACUUUUGACGAAACUAUUAUUAAACGGAAAAUAUGAUUAAUAUUCCUGUCUGCUACUCCUUCAUUUCCGUGUUGUUGGAUGUAACAUUGAAUGUGACAUGUUACCUGAUCUUACUCAACUUCAUUUUUUGGUUAAGAUAUUAAUUGAUGCUGCUUUCUUGAAGGAAAUGGCAGGCAGGCUAAUGUAUUUUUGGCUCAAGUCCAGACCACAGCCAAGUCUGCAGUACACUUUGCUAUUUAGAUUGUGUCUCCAUCUGAUGCACAUUUCUUGGGAUACCUCCACAUGUUAAGCAGGUCUACUGUCUCCAGCAGUUUUGGUCACCCUCAUACUAUAUGUUUUAACUUACAGGUGGAAACAGUAGAAUCCUAUAACAGUGCAAUAUCUGAGCAAGGGUAAUUCCAAGGCUUGACUUUGAAAUUACCUGGGUACUGGGAGGAGAGGAGGGCGGAAUAUUUUUAUUUUAUGGGUGAAUGGAGAGGAGUAUACAGUGAUUUAAUUCUGUUCUUAAUGUUAAGGACUUGUCUUUUACCUUUGUAUCCUUAAGUUUAAGAUAAUGCAUAGAAUGGACAAGCUUGGACAUUUGUUUAAAGCUCAACAGAUGUUGCAACCUGCUCAUCCAAGAUCAGUUGCAGUAAAAUAUCUUAUGGCAUAUUCAUAGUUUUAUUAGAUUUUGCUUCUUUUAUACUGCAACUUGGAAUAUGUGUUUUUGCAUAAAUAUUUGGUGCAAUACACAUGAUAAGUAGUUACUGACUUUCAGGUUGUCAUAGCAGUUUUGGUGUUCAGCUAGUAUCAGUGUGGGGAAAAUAGAAAAAAAUAGUUUUUUAAAAAAUAUUUCACUAAGAAUGGCACAUUGCCAUUGCACCUUGGAUAUUGCUUCACCACUAACAAGAUGCUGGACCAGUAUUUUUGUAACUAUAUGCUGCCUUUGGUAGAAUGUUAUGAAUUGUUGUCUUGACAGUUUAAAUGUCAUACAAAAGUCAUUGCAUUUCAGUUUUAUUAGGACCAAUAUUCCAUUUCUGUUUCUGCCACUUACAUUGCACAACAUUGUAUUAGAUACUGUGAUGCAACUCUGAAACUAGCCUUCCCUGAAAAUUAUAACUGUAACUCGGAAUUUAAACGCUUUGGUUCAAUCCGAUACACUGUAUUUUGUUCCAGUAUUUGCUAAUAUCUGUGGCUUAGCAAAGCCUGUGGUCACCACAGGACAGAAUGUGUGGGGUUUCUUGAAUAAAAUAUAGUUCUACCAU